AAUUCCUAAAAUACCAAGAAGACCUAGAAUUCCAAAUUAUAUUGCUUCUUGUGGUUGUUGUGGUAAUGAAAAUCAUAAUCAUUAUGAUCCUCAGUGUCCAUUUCGAAAUGGAUUAAUACAACCAUGUUUAGAUCCUAG